AGCGAGAAGACACCCUACUUCACACACAAGGUAAAAAAUGGCUUCUUUUCAUGAUGCACAAGGGUUUUGGGGUAACCAAGGCGGAGAAGAAGAAGUAGAUGUGAUAUCCGUUGAGCUUAUCGCCAUGAUAGUGCCGCCAGAGUUGCAAGACUCGCCCAGAACCACCACACCAGAGAGUAGCACUAGUUCGAGCACGAGUGGUGGUUCUGACGACCACCAGCCUUCAAUGUCCAGCGAUUCGCUCACGGAAGUGACUCCCAGUGAAGCGGAGGGUGCUGAAGAGGAAAGCAAGGUUCUUAGUGGAAGACUGGACAACCUUCGCAAGGCCCCCAAAACCCUACCGACCGACUUUAAGUUCAAGGCAGCACUGCAUCACGAAGUUGCAGACGGUGCAGCCACAGUGAAAGGGUACAAGAAGUUAGAGGAGAUGGUGAGGCAAUACCAGAUCCCCAGGACCAUCCUAAUCCGAGCUGGGACACCGAACGAACAGGCGUGCUCAGUAUCAGUACGAGCUGGCCCUUUCGCAACUUACUCCCAACAGCAUCAAGUUUAUCAUAGGCUUUCUGCUGUUGUGCGAAAGGUUGGGGAUGUCUGCAAAGGCGGUGGUCUUCAGUCGCUCUUCCUGUACCGUUUGUGCCCGUCGACCAGUGGAACGAGAUGGUACUACAUCUCGAGGAGAGAGAAGAUGAUGAUAUUCACCAACAUAAGAAACAAGCUGACUGUUGGUGAUGUCGACCUGAAGAACCGGUUGCUCAAUCAUGUGAAGGCGGGGGGUUUGGUGGAUUUGGAGGCUUUGGUUACCCCGGACCAGAUCGCCUUGUUUGGGAAAAAUGAGCAGCAUCCUCGAGAGGCAACGUCAACGAGCUCAAGGCUCGAGGAACCUGGAGCUGGGUCCGGUUCCCAACGGCAGACCCAUUUUGACGAGCGGCUACCUGCGGCACUUGGGUGCAGCUCGUCGCACAGAAGUUCCAGCUCGACAUCAAGGCCGUGUGUCGAGCAGAGAGUAGAGCCUGCGCCCUCGAGCUCAAGAUGGCGGGCGAGAGAGGACUCUAACGUCGAAGAUGACAUUCCCCUCAUUCGGCAGAGGACGAGUACGGGGAACCAACCCGCUCCAACUGCUGCAGCACGGCCAGCCAACAUGCCCCCAGCGCCAGCUCGCGAGGUUGCUGAGCCAGCACCUGCCUCGUCGUCUGUGGCGGGGCCAAGGAUUGCAUACCCAGACGGCUUCAAUUACGUAAGGACUGAGUGCCAAGCCGCAAUGCUCUACACCGUCGCACUCUUCGAGUGCGAGCAGGGGGCGCGGGUGCAGAACCGCGAGCUGGAACACAACUGCAAGCAACUGGCCUCUGAGAAAGCCAGUUUGGCUAACGAGGUCAGUCAUUUGCAGAGCUCGGAGAUGGCUAACCGAGUGACAUCAGCAGAAAGCCGAGCUGACGAGUUGGCCCGCAAGAUCAACGAGCUGAAGGAGGAGCUUGAAAGGCUCAAGUGGAGAAGGAGACCGGCAUCCAAGCUACCAAGGAGGAGCUUGGCCGACGUCGUCGCUGUUGCCUCGGCUAACACUACCACGGACAUUUUCAACAAGGUUUGUGGGAAGGUGCUGCGAGUUCGGGCUGACUUCCCCAUCGGUGAGCCGGCUUUCUUUGAGGGCGAGAAGAUUGAUGCAAAAGGGAAGAGCCUCACCCAGCCAGCUGACACACGAGUGAAGCUGAAAUGGGAGCUUAAUGAAGAGGGGUUGCCCGUGUGGCCCCCUACCGUAGUGGAAGAAGGAGAAGACACAAAGGGGUUGCCAAGCUUUGACGCUUGGGUGGUAGACCCCAAGGACGUGCCCUUCCAGCACUCCUCCUUCUACUCAGCCUCAACCUCAGCCCGCCUCGGCUGCUGUCCCUACUCCUUCUCCUUCAGAUCGGCCAUCUCCUGCUCAGUCUGUUUCUACGCGCAAUGACGCAUCCAUCCCCGUCGACCUGACGAAUGACUAGUAUAGGACUUUUGUUUUGUUUGUUUUUUGUAUUUUUGUAUUGAUCAAUGAGACUGCUCAUUAUGUACUUCACUUGUAAAAGAACAUUGAUGGAAUACAAGUUGAACUUUUUC